UCCACUUUUAAUAGUAUUAUAAUGUAACUUACGACUUAUGUAACUACAUCACAUAAUAAAUAUUUAAAUAUUAAUUUGUCAAUAAUGCCAAUCAUUGUUUGAAUAUUUUCUUUUAACAGUUCAUUUUCAUUUAUUUAUUCGUCAAAAUUUAGAAGUAUUAAUUCAUAACUUCAUUUUCGAUAUUCUAUUAGUUAUAACCAUUACUUACUACUAAAUACUAAUACUACUUUACUUAGAUACUACAACAUUUCUUACCUAUAUGUGACUUAUCUCAUAUCUGCCUAUUAGUAAUGUUGUAACAUUGUGUUUUUGUUGAAUGCUAUCAACCACAUACAACACCCUUAAUAUUUGUGUACUUGUCGAUGCAAAUAAUAUUAAAUUAUAAUAAUUAGAUAGCUAAUACAAAUACAUUUUAAUCAUUUUAUACAAAAUUGAACUACAUAAUAGAAAUAAUAUACAGCUGAAAUGUCUGCCAAGCUAGAAUUUGCUGUUAAAAUGUCUUCCCCGUCAUGUGCUGAUAAAAUACAAGAUCAACUGAGCCAAAACGGUAUUUCAAAAUCUGACAUUCAUAUAUCUUAUGAAGCCGGAACUGUUACUGUUACUACAGAUCAGCCAUCUUCUCUUAUUUUGAAUUCUAUUGAAGAAACAGGAAUUAAAGCAGUACUUAAAGGAUAUGGAAGUGCUACAUUUGACAGGAACUUAGGUGCUGCUGUUGCCAUGUUAGGUGGAUCAACUGGUUAUAGUAAAUCAGGUAUAAAUGGGGUUGUCCGGUUUGUUCAGAUAAACAAUGAUGAAUGUAUAGUGGAUGGUACUAUUGAUGGUUUGUCUCCAGGAAAACACGGCAUCCAUGUAUAUGAAUGUGGGGAUUUAUCUAAUGGAUGUGACAGGAUUGGAGAUCAUCUUAAUUUGAAACAAACAUCACAUGGCAAUCAAACUGAUGACCCAAAUUUUAGGCACACAGGCGAUUUAGGAAAUGUCACUGCUAAUGAAGAUGGAAGGGCAAUAUUUUACUUUAAAGAUAAAUUAAUAAAUGUAUCACAUUUAAUUGGUCGAGCAGUUGGUAUCACAGAAAAUGAAGAUGAUUGUGGUAGAACCAAAAUCAAUACAUCAGAUAUUGAUGGAAAUAGCGGAAAAAAAAUUGCUUGUGGUAUUAUUGCUAGAUCUUCCGGUUUAUUUGAAAAUAACAAAAAGAUAUGUGCUUGUGAUGGUGUAACACUUUGGGAAGAAAGAGAUGUACCAUUAGCUGGGCCCGGUAGACAAAGAAAAAUAUAAUGUUAGAAUUAUAGGUAUACUUAAUUUUAAAAAAAUAUGCAUAUUACAAAAAUACAGGUGUUAGAAUAUUAAACCAAAUAAUUGUUAUUUUUAAUAUUUUAGUAAUAAGAAAAAGUGCAAUACUUCUAAAGGUAAUAUGGUAAUAUGUAUUCUUAUAACUGUUUUGGUAAUGGCUAAAAUAAUCACACUAGCGAUAAAAUAUCCUUGUUCCAAUUGUAUUUUUGUGUUUAUAUUCUAUACAUGUUUUAUCAAUAUGAAUUAUGAGGUAAUAAAGUAAUAAAGAUUUUAGUGUAAA